AUGGCUCCGUGCCUGGGGCCCUGCCGGGACCGCGCGGGCCGGGAGGAUGAGGAUGGCUGGGAGGCGCCGGGGGACCGCAAGGCCCGCAAACCCCUGGUGGAGAAGAAGCGGCGCGCGCGCAUCAACGAGAGCCUGCAGGAGCUGCGGCUGCUGCUGGCGGGUGCCGAGGCCAAGCUGGAGAACGCCGAGGUGCUGGAGCUGACUGUGCGGCGCGUGCAGGGCGCGCUGCGGGGCCGGGCGCGCGAGCGCGAGCAGCUGCAGGCGGAGGCGAGUGAGCGCUUCGCCGCCGGCUACAUCCAGUGCAUGCACGAGGUGCACACGUUCGUGUCCGCGUGCCAGGCCAUUGACGCCACCGUCGCCGCUGAGCUGCUCAACCACCUGCUGGAGUCCAUGCCGCUGCGCGAGGGCGGCAGCUUCAGGGAUCUGCUGGGAGACGCGCUGGCCGGGCCACCUGGAGCCCCUGGGCUGAGCGGCCGGCCGGCGGGAGGGGCCUCGGGGUCCCUGCUGCCCAGCCCCCCGGGCUCUGGGGAGGACCUGUGCUCUGACCUGGAGGAGGCUCCCGAGGCUGAACUGAGCCGGGUGCUUGCGGAGGGGCCAGACUUGGUGUCCGCGGCUCUGGGCAGCCUGACUGCAGCCCGCAUAGCCCACAGCGUCUGGAGGCCUUGGUGAACACCACCACUUGGAGCUUUCUAGGGUCUGCAAGGCCUUCCCAUGUCUAUUCCGUCCUCUCCCUGGGAUCAGGAUGAGGUGGGGCAGCGAGCCCUGAAUGCCUCCAGGUCAGCCUUCCCACUUCUCCCAGCAGGGCAACCCCAUGCCCAGCCUGGCCAGGCCCCUGGCCCUGUUUCUUGAGAAAGACCACAGCUUGGGGCAGGUGGAGGGAGGGAGCUACAGGCAGGACAAAGACUUGUAGAGCUCCCAGGGCUCUCAGCUUCACCUGUCCCAUCCACUGGUCAGGCACUGUGGGGGCCUGGGGGCAGAGGUGACCACUAGGUGGUGCAGGGCACAAGUGUCAUGGGCAGAGGGGACCGGCAUGUGCCGGCAGCCCUGGCUUGUGCCGAAGCUUGAACUUGCCCUUCAAGGAGGAGGUGGAGGAGACUGAAUGU